AUGCACCGUAUUCGGACCGAUUUGGCAUUGGAGAGUGUUGAAGAAGCUCUGCUAAGGCUAGAGGAGUUGCUUCAAGAGCUGCAUCUAUCAAACUCUAGUUCUGGGAAGGAGCAUUUGAAAGCGGCUUGUUCUGACCUUGAGAGUAUAAGGAAACUUAAGAAAGAGGCUGAAUUUCUAGAGGCAUCUUUCAGGGCAAAGGCAGCUUCUCUUCAGCGGGAAUCCGAUGAUGAUAAUCAUUCCCCAUCUUCUAUUGGCAAGCAGCGACAAUAUUCUGGACCCAAGGACAGAAAGAGUGCUAGCAUGAAGAUGGAUGGGAGAAGCAGAGUUGGGAGUAAUCCUCGUGGGUUAUGGAACUUCUUAGUGCGCCAUCCAGGUGGGAAGUCCGAACCUGGGAUAUCAACAGCCGAUGGAAGUGGUGAUGAUCCCUUUGAAGAGGCCACAGUUGGUAUGGGUGUAGCAGGCUCAGAAUCGAAUGAAAUUCAACGUUUUGAACUUUUAAGGACGGAACUAAUUGAACUUGAAAAACGAGUUCAAAAAAGUACUGAUCAUUCUGAAAAUGAGGAGGAGGAAAUUCAAAUGACAGGUGAAACUGCCAGUUACAAUAAUGAAGUAGAAAGCAUUAAAUUGGUUCAGGUUCAGAAGAAAGAAAAUAUCAUUGAAAAAUCUUUGGAUAAGCUUAAGGGAACCACCACGGAGGAAAUUCAAAUGACAGGUGAAACUGCCAGUUACAAUAAUGAAGUAGAAAGCAUUAAAUUGGUUCAGGUUCAGAAGAAAGAAAAUAUCAUUGAAAAAUCUUUGGAUAAGCUUAAGGGAACCACCACGGAGGAAAUUCAAAUGACAGGUGAAACUGCCAGUUACAAUAAUGAAGUAGAAAGCAUUAAAUUGGUUCAGGUUCAGAAGAAAGAAAAUAUCAUUGAAAAAUCUUUGGAUAAGCUUAAGGGAACCACCACGGUAUGGAUGUCUUAUCCUUUCAAAGGAUCACUUGAGUUGAUUUUGUAGCUUGGUUUUUUGCACAAUUAUUAUAAUCAUGAGUGACCUAUUUUCUGGUAUAUAUUGCUCAUCUACUGAGAUGAUAUCCUCCUUUGCUUUAUGCAAACAAUCUGAUUUAUGGACUUCAUUUUGCCAUCUAAUGAAAUAAGAUAAAUAACACCAUAUGAUGAACUCAUUUAUCAGAAAAUGGUGUCAAAAUCUAAACCUAAUGGGGGAUUGGCAAUUGA